UUCAGUUAUUAGAAUGCAGUUUUGUUGUUACUAUAUUAGUUAUUCAUAUACAAAGUUUGUUCAAAAAUAAGUAUUGUGUAUAUAUUCUUGCAUGUGCUAAUAUACAGUUGUUUAUGUUAUAUUCGAUUUACAGAAAGUCCGAGAAGCUGAUACUAGUGAAAAUGAGAUGGUAUACUUUCCUACUAAUUUCCAUCCUCACAACAAGAUCAAUAUCUGCAGAAAUAUACCCUAAAUUUCCAAAAGACUUCAUUUUUGGUGUAAGUACUUCUGCAUAUCAAAUUGAAGGUGCAUGGAAUGUAAGUGGCAAAUCAGAAAAUAUAUGGGAUCACGUAACUCAUAAUUAUCCAUCAGUUAUCGAGGACCGUUCGAAUGCUGAUGUGGCAUGUGACGCAUAUCAUAAUAUUGAUAAUGAUGUCCGCCUUAUACGUGAAUUGGGUGUAGAUUCCUAUCGAUUUUCAAUAUCAUGGUCAAGAAUUCUACCAGAUGGAUUUUCCAACAAUUUGAAUCCUGACGGAGUACGAUAUUACAAUGAAUUAAUUGAUAAAUUAUUAGCCAAUAAUAUACAGCCAUUUAUAACAUUAUUCCAUGGUGAUUUACCAAAUUGUUUACAAUUAUUAGGUGGUUUUACAAAUAUUAAAGUGGCUGAUUAUUUUGUAAGUUACGCACGACUAAUGUUUGAUACGUUUGGCGACCGUGUGAAAUAUUGGACAACUUUUAAUGAACCCAAAAAUUUUUGUGCUCGUGCUGUAUGGGGUAAUAGUGAACAAUUAACGGUUGCUGAAAAUAUUUCACCGUAUUUAUGUGUGUACACAGUAUUGAUAGCUCACGCAAAAGCUUAUGAAGUUUACAAGAACGAAUUUGCACACCAAAAUGGAAAACUUGGAAUAGUUUUAGACCUUCUUUGGGCCGAGCCAAAAACUAACAGUACAAAAGAUAUAGAAGCUGCCAAUCGUAUAAUUGAAUUUGAAUUCGGUAUAUACGCAAAUCCAAUUUUUUCCAAAGAAGGCGACUUUCCAACAAUAGUAAAAGAUCGUGUUGCAAAUAUGAGUAAGGCUCAAGGCUUUGAAGAGUCACGCCUACCAGCAUUGACUAAAGAUGAAAUCAAUUUAAUUCGUUCUAGUGCUGAUUUUCUUGCUAUAAAUCAUUACUCAACUCGAUUGAUUAGUGAUGAUAGUGAUAACAUAAAUAUUUCAAUCUCAUCACAGGCAAACGAUGUGGCUGUAAUAAGUUCAGUCGAUCCAUCAUGGCCAACAAGUGAAAUGGAAUGGUUAUUUUAUGUUCCUUGGGGAUUUCAUAAAAAUUUGAUGUAUAUUAAAAAUAAAUAUGAUAAUCCAUCAGUGUAUAUUACAGAAAAUGGUUUCUGCGAGAAAGCCUCAAACGAUCAGGGUAGAAUAAAAUAUUUACAGGGUUAUUUACAAGUUUUAUCGGAUGCUAUCUCCGAAGGAUGUAAUAUAUUAGGAUAUUUUCAAUGGAGUUUAAUGGACAAUUUUGAAUGGUUCGCCGGUUAUACGAAAAAAUUUGGACUCUAUGAAGUAAAUUUUACUGACCCUAAAAGACCAAGGAAACCUCGAGCAUCUGUGAAGUGGUAUAAAGAUUUUCUUUUAAAUGCCAAGUCAAAUGUGUAAAAAAUUCGAUAUUCCGAAUAAAUUUUCUUAAAUUAAAAAUGCACACAAUUUGUCAAUUUUAUUAAAAAUAUUAUGGAU